GGGCAGUUGCCAGUGCGCAAUUCAAUAAUAGUUUAGAUCGAUCAGUUCCCUUGUUUUGGAGUGAGGUGCCGGCAUAGAACAUCGUUUUCUGCUAAUUUCUAUUUCUAGAAGAUGGAGGGCAUUACACCCGGCAGAAGGAUCCCACUGGUGGACCUGGGCCAACUAGGUCUGAUGCAUGACGAGGAGCCCAGUCAGGAGGAGUGGCAGCGGGUGGCACGACAGCUGCACGACGCCUUCACUGACAUUGGCUUCGUGUACCUCACCAACCACGGCGUGUCUGACGACCAGAUGGACCACCUCUUCAAGUCAAGUGCCACCUUUUUCAACCUGGACGAGGAGACGAAGAUACGCUAUCAGAGAGACCCAGAGAAACAGCAGGGAUACGUGGCAGUAGACAGAGAAACUCUGGAUACACAGAAAAAUUCUCAUGAGCUACGCGAGGCUUACGACUUGAGAUGUAUUGAUGGAAUGAUCCCUGAUGCGGAGGUUCCGUCUCUCAGACCAGCCGUGACAUCCUUCCUCAAGUCCUGCACAACCCUCAACAACAGGCUCCUUAUUGCCCUGGCUCACAGCCUCGGAUUAGAACGGGACUUCUUCACCUCAACUCAUAAUGACUUGCACAGUGACAACAAUAUGUCAUGUCUGCGUCUGCUGCACUACCCGCCUGUCCCCGACACCAUCCCGGAGAACACCAUCCGUUGUGGAGCCCACACUGACUACGGCACCAUUACGCUACUCUUCCAGGACAACAUGGGUGGCCUCCAGGUACGUGAACGCGGAGGGUCAUGGGUGGAGGCAGUCCCUGUGCCCGGCACCAUCCUGGUAAACGUGGGUGACCUCCUACAGUUCUGGACAGCCGACAAGUUCCUCGCCACGGAGCACCGGGUGUUGAUCCCCACAGAGGAGGUGCGACUGAAGGCGUCUCGUCACUCCAUCGUCUUCUUCAUUCAUCCUGACAACCCGGUUCUUAUUAAGCCCCUUGACAACUCCAGCAGCUAUCAACCAAUCACGGCCAGAGAUCACGUGCUUAAGAAGUUUAAGCACACCUACAACUACUGAUGACAUGUUUAGACCAACUAGCUUCUACAGCCAGUCAGGGACCGUAUAUACUUACUGUGCAGUAUAUAAAAUGUUAGGGCAACAAUUCUGUCUCUGGGGAUACUAGUCUAUAUUUUUGUUUUUUCUUUUUGUAAACGAGUAGAUGUAACGAACAGCCGAGCAGGUGAGCCUUAACUGCCGGCUGGUAGUUUUAUUUGGGUAACAGCUGUUUAUCUAUACCAGUAUUUAGUUUUUGUUAUCUUUAUUCACCAUCAUUUUUGCAUCUUGGAUCUUACUGUUUUAGUUUUAGCUUAAUCUGGAAAGUAGUUACCUAAAUGUAGUUAGGCCUGAUACAGGGAAUAAUAGACAUAUUAAUUAUGUGAAAUUUGGCAAGGGUGUUGGGGGCCUUGGGGCACAGAGGUGGUCACUGGUCAGACGGCAAGUGACAACCGCGGUACAGGGACCGUACAGGCGUACACUCGCACAGAGUUCUGGCUUACGAUGCUGACGGUACAGUACAGAGUUUGCAGACCUAUAAUGGUUCUCUGUUUGUUCAAAGGUAGUCUGUAAACCACCUUUGAUUUUAGAAGUCUGAAGGCUGUUAUAGAACGUUAGUAAGGCCUUGGAUUAUAAUUUAUUUAAGUAUUGUAAUUAUUUUUUGUAUUCUACAUUUAAGCGCCAAGAAAAGGUGUCUUAUUAUGUUUUGUUGUGAAUUAUUAUUAAUGUAUGUGGUAUAUAAAGUUCACUGA